UCAAAACCUAAAAACUCUCUUCCCGUUUAUUCCUAACUUUUUUUAUCUGCAGAGUGCAGAAGGUCCUCUAAACCCUAAUCUAAGGUUUCACUUCGAUCUAAGCAAUGGGCGAGACAGAGAUGAAGGAUAACGAUACGUACGAAGAAGAGCUUCUAGACUACGAGGAGGACGACGAGAAAGCCCCUGACUCCGCUGGUGUUAAAGUCAAUGGUGAAGCCGUUAAAAAGGGGUACGUUGGAAUUCAUAGUUCUGGAUUCAGAGACUUUCUUCUAAAGCCAGAGCUGCUCCGUGCUAUUGUGGAUUCAGGGUUUGAGCAUCCUUCUGAAGUGCAACAUGAAUGUAUUCCUCAAGCUAUUUUGGGUAUGGAUGUCAUCUGUCAAGCAAAGUCUGGUAUGGGCAAAACUGCCGUCUUUGUCUUGUCAACAUUGCAGCAGAUUGAACCUGUUGCGGGCCAAGUUGCUGCCCUUGUUUUAUGUCACACAAGGGAGUUGGCUUAUCAGAUCUGUCAUGAGGUUGAACGGUUCAGCACUUACUUGACUGAUAUCAAGGUUGCAGUCUUCUAUGGUGGUGUUAACAUCAAAAUUCACAAGGAUCUUCUGAAAAAUGAAUGCCCUCAUAUUGUUGUUGGAACACCUGGAAGGAUUCUUGCACUUGCCAGAGACAAAGACCUUGCAUUGAAGAAUGUGAGGCACUUCAUACUUGACGAGUGUGACAAGAUGCUCGAGUCACUUGACAUGAGGAGAGACGUGCAAGAAAUUUUCAAGAUGACUCCUCAUGAUAAACAAGUAAUGAUGUUUUCUGCAACGCUGAGCAAGGAAAUCCGCCCUGUGUGCAAAAAGUUUAUGCAAGAUCCAAUGGAAAUUUAUGUGGAUGAUGAAGCCAAGUUGACGCUACAUGGUCUUGUACAGCACUACAUCAAACUGAGCGAGCUGGAGAAAAACCGUAAACUGAAUGAUCUGCUUGAUGCAUUAGAUUUCAAUCAAGUUGUGAUAUUUGUCAAAAGUGUAAGCAGAGCUGCAGAGCUGAACAAGUUGCUUGUUGAGUGUAAUUUUCCUUCUAUUUGCAUCCACUCUGGCAUGUCCCAGGAAGAAAGGUUGACGAGAUACAAGGGUUUCAAGGAAGGGCACAAGAGAAUUCUAGUGGCGACUGAUUUAGUUGGUCGGGGUAUUGACAUUGAACGUGUUAAUAUUGUCAUUAACUAUGACAUGCCAGAUUCUGCUGACACUUACCUCCACCGGGUUGGCAGAGCUGGUAGGUUUGGGACCAAGGGACUUGCAAUCACAUUUGUAUCAUCUGCAGCUGACUCAGAUGUUCUUAAUCAGGUUCAAGAGAGGUUUGAAGUGGAUAUAAAAGAACUUCCUGAGCAGAUUGAUACUUCAACAUAUAUGCCUUCUUAGGAACAGUCAGUCAAUUCAGCGGUUUAUCUUAUAGCAACGAUCAUGGGCUCAUAAUUCUAGCCAGUAAGUAUGGUGGUUAUUGGUGGUGGCAAUCCCUAGAUAAUUUUGUCUGUUAUAUCAGUUUGAACGUUAGCAAGGAGUCAUCAUAUGUUCGCCCUCUUGUACGUUAGUGAGUUUUGUGCCAUUUAAUUGUCGUUUGUAGUGUUUGCAAUUUUUUCCCCUGUCUAGACCUUACUUUCGUAAGCAUUUUUUUUAUAGAUUCAUGUACCGUUGCAGCUGUCUGCCGAUCUGUAUUCUGUAGUUGGAUGGAUUAUUUAGGAUGAUUUUAGCAUGCUACUA